AAGCAUUCGCUGAACACUGCUUUCAGUUUAAUUUUCAACGUUUAUAUCCUUAUCCUCAAAUCCUACAACAUGAAGUUCGUCUGUGCCGUAGUCAUGUUGGCCCUUGCCGCCGAAGUCCAGUCAUCGUUGUUAACAGCUCAGGUUGCACCAGGUGUUUCAUAUGUGGCACCAGCUGUGCCAGGACCCGCUCCAUGGGCUGGCCCUUGGGGUGGUCCAUGGGCAGGUGCCCAUGCCGCCGGUGUGUGGGGUGGAAUUGCUGGACCUUUGGGUCCUGCUGGUCAUGGCCUCUGGGGCCCAGCCGGUCAUGGUGCCUGGGGCCCUGCCGGUCAUGGUGCCUGGGGUGGUUAUCCCGGUAUUUCAUUGAGCCAAGGACCUGGACACGCAGCUGCUCAUGGACCCGGUGUUUAUGUGGCUAAGACCCGUGGAGCCGUUCACACCGCUCCCUUGGCUGGUCAUGUCAACUCAGCCACCUCAGUAAACUUGGCCCCUGCUCCCGGAACCCACUAGAUAACCAUUGGCAUUUCGAACUGAUAAAACCGAUUUAACAAAGUCUGCGCUACAUUAUUUUAUGCUUCAACUUCAAUCCCGUUUUUCCACAUCUAAGGAGUUUCUUUCGGUUUCCUCACGUCCUCCAACACCAACAACCGACUAGCACACACAACUUUUACCAUCUGGUGAAGGAGGCGUUACUGGGUCCAAUGUCUAACAUCAUCAUCCCAAGUCCUGUACACCAAGUCCCAGAACAAUGGCAAUACUCAACAACAACAACAUCUGCGAACAGAACACAAAACUCUACACCCAACUAUGCCCUAUAUCCUCCAACUUCUAUCUUCACUCUUUAACUGUAAAUAUGAAAACAACAAAACAUUGCAACAACAUAAAUCUUAAAAAAAAUGUAAAAACAAAUAUCUUUGAUAGUGUAAUAAAGAUAUUGAAAAUCUUAA